UGAGUGAAGCGUAGUCAACCUCACUGUUCACCAUUUCACCAGAUUUCAGAACGAGACAGAGCAAGUGCAAUUAAACCCAUCCCUUAAACGUAAAGAGUAGAAAUGCUGAUGUAGUGCUGCAGUUAAACUUGCAUGAGGCCCACAAAAAGAUGAAGAUGAGAGCUCAAAGAUUUACCCAGCAGAGAAUCCUAUAGAGGAAUCACAAGACGCUAUCCCCAGUUCCCCACACCCUUUUCUCCUGACAUAAAUCCAGAAAAACAAAGUGAACUCCAGCCAAAAGUUUUGCUCUUUUCCCAUAUCUCCUCUACCUUUUACCCACCUUUGCUUUCACUCAUAGCCUCUCUUUUUUUCCCUUUCUCUGUGAUUCUGUAUAUUCCCUCACACCAUUUCUUGAAAGGUUUCAAGAAUCAAGAGAAUGAGCUUCAGCCCAGCUGUGAAAGGACCAAAAAUGGUUCUGGAAUUCAAGGAGGCGUUUGGGUUCUGAUAAAGGCCUUGUUUUUCUUCUGGGUUUUUGUUAUUUUUCACUCUUUUCUUGGAUUGCAAGUCUGGGCUUCACCGCCGCCGGCAUUUCUGGUCCACCGACAGCUAUUUCUGAGGCAAUUGAGGGGUUCUUUCUGCACUGGGUUUUCGCAAUUUUGAGUUGUCUCAGUUAGUUGUCAUCCAUUUUCUUCAGGUCCAAUCAUGAAAUCACUUGAUUGUAUACUGAGGAACCUGUCUUGCAUUCUAAAAGUUGUAAUCUUCGAGGCUAGAAUAGACAGAUAGUUUGCGGUUACAUCUCUGCAGCUCAUGGAGUGCCACUCUGAGAAAGGGAACGGGAUAGAUGGUGGAUUUACAUCGAACCAAGCAAAGCAUAGUUCAAAGUUUGGAGAUAGGGUGAUGUUUGAGAGGCCCGAAGUUUCUAAUUUCAAUCGUGGUGCGUUAGAAAAUGGGGGUGUGGUUCCACCGAGACCUGCCAAGUUAGGCCAGAAGAAACGGGGUGAAAAGAAGGGAAGUGAUGAUGAAGAGGUUGUUAGAUACAUGUCGAGUUUGCCAAGCUAUCUGCAAAGAGGAAAAAGCCAGCACGAAAAGGCUUUUAAUGUUGGGGUUCUUGAUUGGAGGCAUCUAGAAAGGUGGCAAAGUAAACAUAAGCAAAUUCCUUCUAGCACUAGUGGAUUUUCACCGUCGAGCAGCAAUACGUCUUCUUUCUCCUCAACCGAAGAGUCAUCGUCCAAUUCUAGUAGCGGGCAUAGCUGCUCUCCUUCGAAUCACCCUACACUGCAAUCUCAUCUAUUUUCUUCUGAAAAGUUGCGGGGGGACCUAAAACCUUGCCAAGCUAAACCCUCGAAAGUGCAACAAAGUGUCCCGAGGAGUACACUUCAUGAUUCGAUUGAGAAAGUAGAGGAAUUGAGUAAACAUUCGGAGUGCCAUCAUGCUACUAAGACUAGGAAGUCACAAGAUAUAAAGGUUGAUAUCUCGAUAUCCAAAUCGAAGGGAAAGAUGAUGAUUCUAGAUGGAGAACCUUUUAUGAAGGUAGACGAUAAGUUGUGUAGCUCACAAUCCAGCACAACCAGAAGAAGCUUUUCGACUGGUAUUAAACUAUCAUCAAAACCAAAUGAACCUUCAAUCAGUCCCGGGAAAAGGUCAUCUACUCCUCCCAGAAGCUGGAACCUGCAAAAUCCACCUCGGGUCAUAUCUUCUCGUGGAUCGAAUCCAAAAGAAGAAUCUUUAGAACCUACGGCCAGAAGUCCUUCUCCAUCUCGUUGGUUUGGCAUCACGAUGGGUAGGAUAGACCGGACCAGUAAUGCUAAAGGCACUUCAACUAUGCCACCCGACAAAGCAGAUGCCAAAAAUAGGGCAGCAUCUACUCCUUUGAGAAGGUUGCUGGAGCCAUUGCUGAAGCCAAAGACGGGCAGUUCUGACAAUUUUACUGGAUUAUUUCCGGGAGAUUCAACAUCUAGAGAUAAGCGUUCCAAAUCAGCCCCAAGGCGAGGAGAAUCUCUUACUCCAUACAUGAUGAAAGUAAAACUAGAUUUAAAAGGAUGUAAAACCAUUGAAAUUGGCGAUCCAUCUCCUGCUGGGAGACAUGGACCCUCCACAAUGCGAGCUCUUCUGCAAGUAGCUAUCAAGAAUAGCGUUCCUCUAUAUAAAUUUGCAGUUGAGAAUGAAGGUAACGUUAUAGCAGCCACAAUGAAGCAUUCAAUUUCGUCCACAAAGGAGAAGAACAAUUUGAUCUACACAUUCUUUACCAUCCAUGAAACGAAGAAAAAGGAUAGAAAUGGAUAUAUUCCUAGUGUCAUUGCACAAAUGAAGGUUUCUGAUGUUCCAUUCCCCGAUGUUAUUAGCCAGAAGUCAGGCUAUCAAUCAAUCAUUAGAGAGUUUGUGUUGUUUACCAUGGGAGUAAAACAGGCAGGUCAGCAAACUGCAGACCCGCAGCUGAAUGAUGAGCUUGCAGCCAUUGUUGUAAAAGUUGGAAUGUGUUCUGAGACCCAAGAUGUUAACAUGAACGUUAUUCUUCCUGGUGGUAAUCAUGGAAUACCCAGAAAAGGUGAACCUUCUUCACUCAUUGAACGAUGGAAGUCAGGUGGGUCGUGUGACUGUGGGGGUUGGGAUUUGGGUUGUAAACUAGGAAUCCUUGCCAAUCACAAUGGAACGAGCAGGGAAUCCAGUUCAACUAAAGUUUCAUCGAAUGCUGAACCGUUUGAGCUUUAUCCUCAGGGAGAAGAUCAAGAAAAUAAGCCUGCCCUCAGGCUGUUUCCUUUCAAGAAUGGUAUCUUUUCUGUGGAGUACACCUCAUCUCUCAAAACCUUACAAGCAUUUUCCAUUUGCCUGGCUGUUUUAAAUACUAGAAAGCAAGAUGGAUUUUGUGAAUCCGGCAAUGCAUUUGGGGAGGAUUCUUCUCGACCCACCAUGGUGUCAAAUGUUUCUAACAAAGCCCAGGCGGAGUUUCCUGGCAAGCGGGUCUCAAUUCCACCACUUUCCCCUGUUGGAAGAGUCUAGAUUGAAUGCUUCAUAGUAAGUAGACGGGAUCUAAAUCAAGUCUGUAUAGUGUUUUUUAUUUUUAUUAUCAUGAGUUAAGAUCUUAGACCUAGCAACAAAGGGUCAUGAAAAAAAAGCCAAAAUGGCUCAAAGUAACAAAGUUGAAGCUGUUUAUAGGAGAGCACAACUCAUGUUAGUAGUAGUAAAUAGUUCUAGUUUCAUGUUAGUAGAGUUGAAAGAAGCAUUAUCAUGUGAUUGGCAUCUGAGGUGGAACAACCUAUUUUAUGAAUGCAUUUGGUGUUAGCUGCUGCAGA